ACCUCAACCAUGUUCAUCCAACGAACCUCGUGCCUCGUGAUUUUGUGCUCCCUCGUGGUAGCAGUGUAUUCCACCGGCACUCCUCGUAGUGGUAGUGGGGCGGCAUCACCCGCCAGACCCGAAGGAACCCGCCUUACCGACAUAGAGAAGGCACUGGCCGCCGCCCAAGAAAGGAUCAAGGAGCUCGAAAGUAAACAGCAGUAUAUACAGCAGCAACAGGAGGAAAUUCACCAACAGCAGAAGAGGCUGGCGGAGCAAGAGGAGGAACUUAAGCGGAAGGCGGCGGAACUGGAGGCGGCCAGGCAGGCGGCUUUGGAGGCGGAGAGGGCUGCCGCCAGACAGGUCGGAUACGAAACUGAGAGGCCGUCCGGUCUUCCUCGCUCGGAGACUUUCCGUUGGAGAGGCGGUUUUGUCGAUUUCAGCUCGCCUAAGGUCUUCGAGCAAGUGUGUGACUACAAGAAGGUCCAGGCCCAGGACGAAGACCGUCACGUGAAGUGCAGGGAGCAGUGCGUUCUCCUAUCGCUUCGAGUACAACAGAUACAAAAGGAAUACCCGCAAAUGGUGGGGUUAAAAAACCUCGCGAAGGAUUGCUCGGACUUCAUCGGGGGUGUCUGCGACAAAUCUUACACUCUUCCUGGGAAGCGUCACACCUCCCUUUGCACCUGCUACACCGCACAAAAAGCCGGUGAGGAGCUGCCACGCACACACCUCGCAUCCUACUGCCGCGCCCAUAUGACAGGCUCCAAGAUCUUCCACAACGUCGGGGUAGCCACGAAGCCGAUCCGCAACCAAGUCAGCAAGUGGCACAAGAGCUGGCAGGAGAGACGCAGGGCCAAGAAGGCCGCAAAGGCCGAAAAAGCAGCCGGUUCGAAUUGAGUCAGCGUAGAGCACCUCCCCUCGGUAGUGUCAGAGAUCGAGCGAACUGAAUUGAAGAGAAAGGAGUCAAGUUGUAUUGUGGAGACAGUUAUGAGGUAGGAGUAAUUCUAAGUUUAAAUGGACCGCGUUAAGCAGAAAGGAACCAAGCCACAUCAGCUAUUGCCAAAGUUAACCUGACGAUUUGAUUUUUUACAUGGAAAGGGUUGGGAGGAUUUUAGUGCACAUUUAAGGGAAUUUUCUGCAUAAUAAGAGGCAAAUUCCCUAAAAUUUUCAAAGGAAUCCAUCCACACGUUCUCUUGUAAAAAAUUGGAAUGCUCGGUCAAAUUUGGCAAUAGCUGAUGUGGCUUGGUUCCUUUCUGCUAAACGCGGUCCAAAUAACUCCCUAAAUUUCUCCCCAGAAAUAGAUACAGUACAUUGACGACGAAACUCCGUAACCACAUUUUUCGAUUUUCAACUUUGAGGAUUUUCAGUCAGAUUUUGUCUCUUAGAUGGAAAACCACUCAACGGCAAUUUUUAAAAACCGUCGUGAUUUUUCGUGAUCUUUUUUGAUAUGACUUGGUUCUUUUCUGUUAAACUCUGUCUAAAGAUCGUAUCCCUGCUCAUAAAACUUGGAAAACGCUCAAUAAACAGAAACAACUUUUCAACUUUAAGUUCUUCCUUUGAAUAAAACCUAGAAUAUUCUAUUCUUCCUGUCCUGUGGCUCAGAGUUGCUCUAUUAGGUACCUGAUUUAGCUUUUAGUGGUAUUUUUGCACCAUAGAAAAUUUAGGUAUCGCUUUUCAAAACAUUUAAGAAAAGCGCCCUUUUUGUGUGACUUGUUCUAUCAAUCCUACCAUUUUACGUUUUUAGAAUUACUUGAGAUUUUUAUACCUCUUAUGUUCAUAAUAUAUAAAUGAAUGAAAACUAUUUGAGAAGUAAGAAGUAAGUAUACUUGAAUCCGAAAGUAACCAAGUAUCAUGAAUGGCAUAGGCAUUGAAUUUAGUCUUACAAUAAACGUAUCGUGUACAUAUUAUUUUUACCGUAUCAAGUUCCUAUCAUAGCAAUAUACGAUUUUUCAUAUAUUUCCAUUCAUUUUACUUUUUAUAUUGGAGUAAACGUGUUUUAAAAAAAUGUGUGUAGCGUGUGUAAAAGUACCAAAUAAAAUACAAUGCUUUAUAAUGUAGCAUGAA